AUUACCAUAUCGUAUCAAAAUUAAUGCAAAUGAAAGUUUUAUUAACUUGGUGCAGCAAAUUUGUCAACUGGACAUGGACAUUCUUAAUCACUGUCAACUACCUUAUCAACAGAUCAUCAAGGGUAAUAAGGAGUUAUUUUCAAGCAAGAUUCCAUUUCAUUUUCAAUAUGAAGAAAUUCACUCUUCUUCAACUAGUGAAAUGAAAUCGAUAGCCAAGACAAAUGAUGCAACAUUAAGUUUAUAUACGGAACAGCCUUGGCUACAUGGCAAUGGUAUUGCUUCUCAUGAUAUGAAUUUGAAAAUGAUUCAUAAUCAGUCCAGCCAAACGACUUAUUGUAUUUUUGAAUGUAGUGCUGAUUGUUAUGAUGAAGUGAUGGUAUCCAACAUUGGUCGAUAUUUUCAGAAUCUACUUUCACAUAUCUUCACUGAAAAUACGAAAACCAUUGGAUUUGACCCACUUUUUGAAAAAAUUGGAAACCUUUCUCUUUUACCGAUGAACGUUGAAGCUUUAUCAAAUGUCAUCGAAUCACUACGGCAUUUCUCCGAAUUAAAACCAGCUUCACAUGCUCAACACCAAAUAUGGCAUGAUGAAGAACGUCGAUUACAUGUGGAUGGACCACAAUUGACAACAUACAAUAUGGUAUUCUGCUAUCGUCUUUCAGUUGAUCAUACCUUGUCUCUUCAGCGGCUUCGUUACGCACUCGAUCUUGUUGUUGACAAGCAUCAAUUUCUAAGAACAGCACUAAUUUUUGAUACUACAAAAAACAUUCUUACACAACGAAUUGUUGACCAACAAAAUCAUGAAAACAAUCGGUUUUCUAUAGUCGAAAGCGUUUAUGAAACAGAUGAACAAUUGUAUGAAAUUAUCCACAAUGAGACACAUAACCCACAUGUUUUCGAUCUUGCUCAGGGUCUUGUCUUCCGAUGUCAUAUUGUUCGUUAUAAACAAGUUUGUACCAAUGAUCUUAUCUCCAAUAACGAUAUCAUCAUCUUCAACUUUCAUCAUGCCUCGUUUGACUGUCCAUCGAUAAAGAUAUUUCUCCAUGAUCUUCAUCAAGCAUACACUACAAGCCAGCUGCCCAAUGAUGACAACACCAACAAUAGACUUCGCUAUCUCGAUUAUGCUGUCAUUGAACAACACAUAUCCAUGAUUGGUGCAAGCAUGUUCUGGCAUGAUGCUCUGCAUGAUUACAAACUCGAUCAAUCUCUCUCAUUGCCAUAUGAUCGAUAUCGACCUACAAAUGAAUAUCGAUCUGGUUUUGGAACAUCUAUUUCAUUCAAUUUAGAUCGAGAUCUUUGUGACACUUUCCUCGACUACACAUCUUCGCAAAACAUCUCACUUGAACAUCUAGCAUUGACUAUGUAUUUUGUCUUUCUAUUUAAACUAACGAAUGGAGACACAGAUCUAUGCUUUGGAAUGAAUGUAGAUGGUCGAUACAGAGAUGAACUUAGAUCAGUGAUUGGUAUGUUUGUCAAUGCUAUUCCCUUACGAUGUCAACUAGAUCCACAAUGGUUUCUACAUAAACUUGUUAAACAUGUUCAAGAGAUACUAAUAAACAGUCGCAAAUACUCUUAUUUUCCUCUUCAACGUCUCCUUGAUCAACAUCCAUAUGCUUCGAAAACUGCAUUUCUUGAUACAUCAUUCGAGUUUAUGCGAUAUUCAUCACAAGAUCUCGGCAAAGACAUGAUUAUAGGUGACAGUCAUCUCUCUGUGAUGCCUAUUUCGAUCAAGAUUAGUGAAGAUGAUACCAUAAGCAAGUUUGACUUCAUUCUUGGUAUUCAGCAUGAUUUAGAUAUGAAUCAACUCUCUUGUACAAUCAAUGCAUCACUUGACUUAUUCGAUAG